AUGACUCGAAUAACUCGAUCCGGUACACGACAUGCAUCUCCAGUACUUCCAUCUCGUAAUGGUUCUCGCUCAGGAUCCACCUCUGACUCAGAGGCUGACCAGCGCAACCUCCACAAAACAGCCGGUCGUAAUAGGACACAGUCUUCAACAACCAACAAGAAGAAACGCCCACAAUCAGCUAUCUCAAAAUCAGGAAGCAGAUCAAACUCAAAGCGCACCCGAACUGAACCAGUAAAUGAUGAUCCCGACCCUAUCAACACACAGACAGGAACUUUAACUGACGAUGAAGACCAUGAAGACGAUGAAGCCGAUGAAGCCUUAAAUGGUAUUGACAAUGAUAAUCAAAGUGACGAUGUCGAUAUCUUCACACUUCCCCCGCCACUGAUCCGUCCAAAUCACAUUCAAUCCGCUCGUGUAAACCUUUCCGAUGCUCGACCUAAACAGAACAACAGCUCGAACCUCUACGGAUUUGACUCGAAUCUUGUUUUGCCAACCCUAGAGAAUUAUAAACAAGCAGUUGCUGACUGGCCCCAGCCUCGAAUGACAGCUUUUGAACAUGACAUUCGGACACUCGAAGAAAACAAUAUCGAUGAGGAGAAUAGAGCAAGCGGUCUUGAAGGUAAUACUGGUCUUGAUGAAGGUGAUGAAGGUGAAUUACCCAACUUAGGAAAUGAGUUCAAUGACAAAGAUGGUGAAGAGGAAGAGGAAUGGGGUGGUAUCGAUAUAAGCUCUUUUGUGCCUUUGUAA